GGCCGCCUGAUCGCCCCGGGCGACCGUACCAGCUGCUCGACUUACCCACUGUAUAACCAUAUCGUGUCACCAAUCAAAAAUAAAUAGCAUGCAGCAGAAUGCAUGUAGUGUUGCAAAUUCAGGGCCGCGAUGCAACACCGCGACGCGGGGAUGAUCGACAGGGGCGGCAUGCCGGCGGGCAGCCACGACUCCCUGCGCAGGGGCAUUGCAAUUCUGCUAAAUACCAGUCUUCCUCCUUUCUGGGCAUAAUGUCGGAUCCUUUGCUUUCACUCUUUUCCAAUGAUGCUUUCGCAGCAUGUUAUUCUGUCGCUCUUUCUUGCCAGCAGUCGCGCGCUGGCUGGCACCGCCGUGUCCUCUGUGGAGGAUUAUGAUGUACUCCAGUAUAUCGACCCGCUGAUCGGCAGCGCCAACGGAGGAAAUGUCUUCCCGGGUGCUUCGCUGCCUUAUGGCAUGGCCAAGGCGGGCGCCGAUACCAAUUCCGACAGCAACCAAGGCGGCUUCGCAUACGACGGCAGUAACGUAACUGGCUUCUCAAGUAUGCACGACUCCGGCACAGGUGGCAGUCCUUCUCUCGGCAAUUUUCCUCUCUUUCCAUACGUACAAUGCAAGGAUGACGAUGUGAAUGGCUGCGUCUAUCCGAAGAAAUCCCGGGCAACGCCCUAUACUCCGGGCUCGGUCCAGGCCAGCCCGGGCUAUUUUGCACUUUCAUUAGAAUCGGGAGUGGAUGUCGAAAUGACUGCCGCCCAGCAUACUUCUCUAUUUCGAUUCACUUUCCCGGAGGAGAGCAAGCCGCUUAUCCUGUUGGAUCUCUCGGAUCUAUCCGACUCCCGACAGGACAACGCAUCCAUCUCCAUUGACAAAUCCAGUGGCCGCAUGACGGGUAGUGGCAGAUUUCUCCCAAGCUUUGGAAGUGGAGCUUAUACUCUACAUUUUUGUGCUGAUUUCCAAAGCUCCGGCUCGUUGCGGGAUAGUGGUAUUUUUGUCGAUGCUCGAGCAAGCACUGACGUCCAUGAUCUGACCAUUUCUCGAAGUAUCAAUGGUUAUCCACUUCCGGGAGGCGGGUUUAUUCGCCAUGAGGCUCCUCCUGAUGGCAUCAUCCAAGCCCGCGUGGGUGUGAGCUUCAUUAGUCCAGAGCAAGCAUGUUCUCAUGCGGAAGCGGAGAUAGGAGAUUUCGAUUUUGCAUCCACACUCCAAGAUGCCAUUGAUCAGUGGACUGAAAAAAUGCAACCUAUUCGCGUGUCGCGAAAUGGCGUGAAGGAGUCUGUCCUCACUAACUUCUACAGUGGUAUCUAUCGAACUAUGAUUAAUCCACAGAACUAUACGGGAGAGAACCCUCUGUGGAAAAGCUCCGAGCCAUAUUUUGACUCUUUCUACUGUCUUUGGGAUUCUUUCCGCUCCCAGAUCCCCUUCCUGACGAUCUUCGAUCCUAGCUCCGUGGCCCAGAUGGUGCGCUCUCUUAUUGAUACCCAGCGCCACCUGGGAUGGCUACCCGACUGCCGCAUGUCGCUAUGCAAGGGUUUCACACAGGGUGGCUCAAAUGCGGACAACAUCCUAGUCGACGCUUACGUCAAAGGUCUCAAUGACGGCAUUAAUUGGGAUGCAGGCUACGCAGCAGUUCAGAAAGACGCCGAAAAUGAGCCUUACGAUUGGUCUAAUGAGGGUCGUGGAGGCCUUCGAAGCUGGAAAUCGCUCCACUAUAUUCCCGUGGAAGACUUUGACUACAUGGGCUUUGGCACUAUGACCCGGAGUAUAUCACGCACUCUUGAGUAUUCAUACAAUGAUUUUGCUAUCGCCCUGAUGGCCCGGGAUCUCAAUAAGACCAGUGACGCUGAGAAGUAUGAGAAACGCUCCGAGUCUUGGAAGAACUUGUUCAAACAAGACCAGACCUCCUUCAUCAACGGAAAAGACACCGGAUUUACUGGGUUCUUCCAACCCAAGUACCUGAAUCAAACCUGGGGAAACCAGGACCCUCUUGAAUGCUCAAAUAUCGAUAACAGCGGAAGUAUUUGUUCGCUUCAGAAUAACGCUGUGGAGACAUUUGAGUCCAGUAUUUGGGAAUACCAAUUCUUUGUUCCACACGACAUGGCAGCUCUAAUCCCCAUGCUCGGUGGCCCUGCCAGCUUCGUCAAGCGCCUUGACUACCUCCACGAUCAGAACAUCACCUACAUUGGGAAUGAACCUGCCUUCCUCACUGUCUUCCAAUAUCAUUAUGCUGGUCGUCCUGCCAAGUCCACCGCUCGGGUGCGCACAUACAUCCCAGACUUCUUCUCUCCCACACCAGCGGGACUCCCUGGUAACGACGACUCCGGUGCCAUGGGUUCCUUCGUUGCGAUGUCUAUGAUGGGUCUUUUCCCAAACCCAGGACAAAGCGUUUAUCUCAUAACCGUACCAUUCUUCGAAUCUGUGAGCAUCGUCUCGCCUCUGACGGGCAACACGGCUACUGUACGCGUUGCGAACUGGAGUAAAUUCAAUUCACUCAACGACACUGGGAGUACCGGUUUUAUCCAGUCUGCCACUCUGGAUGGCCAACCAUAUACCCGAAACUGGGUUGACCACGACUUCUUCACCGAGGGUCAAGACUUGGUGCUCACUCUGGGUCGCAAUGAAAGUGCGUGGGGUACUGGACCUCAGGACCUUCCACCUUCUUUGUCUGAUAGCACGACCUCAAGGGUGAUGGGCCGCUCUUUUGGGGGCGUCGUUGAUGAAUUGGAUCGGCCGGAGCGACCUCUUGCUAGUAAGCGGGGAAAUAAUGCUCGACACGCUAUGCACUUGAAUCAUCGCGCUAAGGUUGUUAGCGGACCAUAUUGGCAAAAGGGUUGGUAGGAUUUGGGGACCAAGAUUUGCAUUAUGAUCAUCAUUAUGUUAUGUUAAAUGAUUCAUUCAUUCUGGUAGAGUCAUUAUCCAACAUCAUCACUCUGUGUACAAGACAUGUAGAGUGUUCAGAACCAUGCGUUCCCCUC